GGCGGCGGCGAUGGCGGAGCUGCGCUCGGCGGCCGCGGGCCCCGGCCCGGCGGUGGCGGCAGCAGCGCUGCCCGGCCCUAUGGCCCUGCCCGCGGCGUCCGGUGCUGCCCCCGCCCUGCCUUCACCGGCAGCGGGUGGCGGGGCGGGCCCGGGGGCGGGCGCGGCAACGGCGGCGGCGGCGGCGGCGGCGGGCGGCGGUUCCGGAGCGGGCGGUGCCGGGUCCGGUUCGGCGCGUGAGGGCUGGCUCUUCAAAUGGACCAACUACAUCAAGGGCUACCAGCGCCGCUGGUUCGUGCUCAGCAACGGGCUCCUCAGCUACUACCGAUCCAAGGCGGAGAUGCGUCACACCUGCCGUGGCACUAUCAACCUGGCUACGGCCAACAUCACCGUGGAGGAUUCCUGUAACUUCAUCAUCUCCAACGGCGGAGCCCAGACCUACCACCUGAAGGCCAGCUCGGAGGUGGAGCGGCAGCGCUGGGUCACUGCGCUGGAGCUGGCCAAGGCCAAAGCCGUGAAGAUGCUGGAGGAAUCAGAUGACUCUGGUGAUGAGUCGGUGUCGCAGACGGACAAGACGGAACUGCAGAGCACGCUGCGCACCCUGUCCAGCAAGGUGGAGGAUCUGAGCACCUGCAAUGACCUCAUCGCCAAGCACGGCACGGCCCUGCAACGUUCACUCAGCGAGCUGGAGACCCUCCGGCUGCCGGCCGAGAGCACCGAGAAAAUCAAGCAGGUGAACGAGCGAGCCACCCUCUUCCGCAUCACCUCCAACGCCAUGAUCAACGCCUGCCGGGAUUUUCUGAUGCUGGCCCAGACCCACAGCAAGAAGUGGCAGAAAUCGCUGCAGCACGAACGGGACCAGCGCAUCCGGCUGGAGGAGACAUUGGAGCAGCUGGCCAAGCAGCACAACCACCUGGAAAGGGCCUUCCGUGGCGCUACCGUCCUGCCCGCCGGCACAUCCGGCACCGGCGGCUCCGCCAAAGAUCCGUGCUGCCCUGCGAAAGGAGACCUGAGUGACGAGGACGAUGACAAUGAGUUCUUUGACGCCCCGGAGAUCAUCGCCAUGCCAGAGAACAUGGGCCACAAACGCACUGGCAGCAACAUCAGCGGCACCAGCAGCGACAUCAGCCUGGAUGAGCAGUACAAGCACCAGGUAGAAGACACCAAGAAGGAGAAGAGAACGCACAUCCCCUACAAACCCAACUACAGCCUCAACCUCUGGAGCAUCAUGAAGAACUGCAUCGGGAAGGAAUUGUCCAAGAUCCCCAUGCCAGUGAACUUCAACGAACCCCUGUCCAUGCUGCAGCGCCUGACGGAGGACCUGGAGUACCACGAACUGCUCGACCGGGCGGCCAAAUGCGAGAGUUCGCUGGAGCAGUUGUGUUACGUGGCCGCCUUCACCGUCUCGUCCUACUCCACCACCGUUUUCCGCACCAGCAAGCCCUUCAACCCCCUCCUGGGGGAAACCUUUGAGCUGGAUCGCCUGGAGGAGAACGGUUACCGCUCCCUCUGUGAGCAGGUGAGCCACCACCCGCCGGCCGCUGCCCACCACGCCGAUUCCAAGCACGGUUGGACGCUUCGCCAGGAAAUUAAAAUCACCAGCAAGUUUCGGGGCAAAUACCUCUCCAUCAUGCCUCUGGGUACCAUCCACUGCGUCUUCCACUCUUCUGGCAACCACUACACGUGGAAAAAAGUCACCACCACCGUGCACAACAUCAUCGUGGGCAAACUCUGGAUAGACCAGUCGGGUGAAAUCGAGAUCGUUAAUCACAAGACGGGCGAUAAGUGCAACCUCAAGUUCGUUCCUUACAGCUACUUCUCGCGGGACGUGGCGAGGAAGGUCACCGGGGAGGUGACAGACCCCACGGGAAAGGUGCAUUUUGUCCUGCUGGGUACCUGGGAUGAGAAGAUGGACUGCUACAAGGUGACGCUGGGUGCCGGGGACAACGGAGCGGAGGGGCGGCAGAGAGCCCAUGAGGCUGAGGAGAGCCGGGUGCUGCUGUGGAAGAGGAACCCGCUCCCGAAGUACGCGGAGAACAUGUACUACUUUUCGGAGCUGGCGUUGACGCUCAACGCGCCGGAGAGCGGCACGGCACCCACGGACAGCCGCCAGCGCCCCGACCAACGCCUGAUGGAAAACGGCCGCUGGGACGAAGCCAACGCCGAGAAGCAGCGGCUGGAGGAAAAACAACGCAUCUCCCGCAAGAGACGCGAGGCCGAGGCCGCAAAGGCCACCGAGGAUGGUACCCCCUGCGACCCCUACAAGCCGCUUUGGUUCGAGCGCAAGAAAGACCCCGUCACCCAGGAGCUGGCGCACGUCUACAAGGGCGGUUACUGGGAGAGCAAAGAGAAGCAGGACUGGACCUUGUGCCCGGACAUUUUCUGAGCCGGCGAGGGGGACACACACACACAUACACGCGCGCGUGAAUGAAGGCCAGCCGGCUCGCCAGGAGAACCGCUACGCCGAGUCGGCACCGUUCGGCGCUUGCCGCAGCCCCGUCUUGUCUGUCCGUCUGUCUUAACCGCCCCGUCUGUCCCUACACGUCGCCACGAGCGCCGGCUGUGCUCGCCUGCCGGGGUUGCCUUAGCCGAUCCGCGCUGACCUUGAUGCCGGGGUGGGGAGCGGGAGCCAGCACGGCCCCCCCACCCCAGGCCCGCUCGGUGGUCCCCCCGUUAUCCCACACUCGUUCAUGGCCACGGCCCCUUCCCCGCUGCAGGAGCGACAGUGCCCUGGGCAGCCCCCCCCGGGGGGGGCGGUCAGCAUGGCCCCCCGGGGAGGGCAGGGGCCGGCUCUGCUUGGCGGCGGGCGCAGCGGGGCGAGCCCGAGGCUGGCCUUGGUCUCUUCCCCCCCCCUUCUCCCCAUUUUCAUUUCCCCUUUGCCCCCAGGGUAUUGGGGUGCGGGGUGGGGGGGCAGGCUCUGCCCUGCAGCCUGUUCUAUAGGUGUAUAUUAUAUAUAUGUAGAGAGAGACCGGGGUUCCAUUCUCCUCCUGCCCGUGGCUCUGCAGUGCCCCAGGGGAGUGGGCACUCGGCACCCCUGGGGUGUCCCCCGGCCCCCCCCCGGGGUGUCCCCCGGCCGUGGGGUUCCCCCUCGAGGUGCCUUCCCUGUAAGUUUAGGACAAGGGGGGGAGGUCCUGGGUUUUUUGGGGGAGGGGUGGGUCUCUCCCAUCCAGCUCCGGGGCCCCUGCAUCCCCAAACACUACAGAGGCCAGGAGCUGUGCUGUGGGGGGAGGCUGUGGGGGUCUCUGCACUCCAAAACCUGAAAAGUGGGGGUGUAUGAUGCCUUUUUUUCUUUUUUUUUUUUUUUUUUUCUUCCAGGAAAACAACUAAAUUAAAAUCUGUGAAU